UAUAAGGUAUUGUCUUCAUAUAAUUUAUUACAAGAAUACAUUAUUAUCAGAAAUGGAUUGGCUUCGAAAUAUCGAAAGAAUUCUCUACGUAUUUCAAUAAUAUGCAAAAAUCACAGAUUAAUCAAUAUUUUCGGAAAAGUGUUGCAUGGUAUAAUCAUUGUAGAAAAAGAACGCAAAAAAGUGCGCAUAUUCUAUCGCAACUUCAAUAGCGUUAUAGUUGUUAAAAAUUAUAAAUAUUUUAAUGAAGUGGCUGAGGAGAAAUCGGAAACAUACUUUGCAUCUAAUGGAAAAAUUGUUUUGCAUUUUUGGCCCAGAUAUAACUAUUUAUUACAUGCGAUACGCUCUCCUCCGAAGCCGGUUGAACGAAUUUUACCGAAACUGGAAUUGAUGUGGAAAGCUGAUAACUUGCUUUUAAUGCAUUAUCAAAAGAAGAAGAAACUCACAUUAGAAAAUGCCCAGUGCUAUUUACACAACCACCCCGAAAUCGUGGAUUUAUUUUACGACUACAUACAUAGCUUGCUCCAAAAGAAACCAGAAGUUGUGUUCUCAUUUACAAUAAAAUUUUUCCAAAAUAUGAAGAAUACUUAUUAAGAUUUAUCUUCAGGAUAGUGCAUAUCUUGGACAGCAGUUUAAAUUAAAAUUGUUUCAGAAUAAAUAAUAAAUUUUUACUAUUGCUGUAAUUUUUUCCUAACUUUGAAUCUUUAAAUUUCCGUGACUUGUAUAAUGAAUUAUAUUAGAAAUAAAUUUUAAACUAAAAAUAUAAG